CCACCACCACCUCUGCUGGCACCUCACCCACCACCCAUCCCUCACCACGCAACGCAACGCGUCAACCAUGUCCGAGUACAUUGGGUCGCGCAUCUCGCUCAUAUCCAAGUCCGACAUCAAAUACGUCGGCACUCUCAAAUCCAUCGACAGCGAAACCGCCACCGUAUCACUGCAGGAUGUGCAGUGUCAUGGCACCGAAGGCCGCAAAGGCGAUCCCUCCCUCGAGGUCCCCGGAUCCGACACCAUCUACGAAGGCAUCGUCUUUCGUGGCAGCGACGUCAAAGACCUGACCAUUCUCGCCCCGCCGAAAGAGAACCGCCCGCCGCAGCCACAGAUGCCCAAUGAUCCCGCCAUCCUCGGAUCCUCCGAAUCUCACCAUCAGCAACCAGCCCCACAUCCACCACAGCAACAGCAACAGCCGCCGCAGCAGCAGCAACCUGUACAGUUCCGAGGCCCAGCGCCUCCGUAUCAAGGACACCAGCAGCAGUUUGGAUAUCCCGGCCCACCGCCUGGGCCAUUCCAACAGCCACCGCGGUUCAAUGCUCCUGGUGGCGCCCAUGGCUUUCCCGGACAGCCUGGGGCUGUGCCUGGUUACGGCAUGAAUCUCGGAGGUCCGCCGCCUCCUGGCUAUGGGCCUCCAGGACAGUUUUAUGGUCCGCCAGGACAGGGAUUUGGACCUCCAGGACCUUUCCCGCCCCAACAACAGCAGCCCAUCGGUCCUCCGGGAAUGAAUCAGCAGCGUCCUCCACAGAUGCCGAACCAGCAACAACAGUCGCCCCAGGCACCGAUUGGCAGCAAGCAAAAUACUCCUCGGCCCACGCCUUCGCAAGCCCCAGAAGCGCCGUCCGUGCAGCCUCCGCAGAGCCGACCUGCCGAGAUGUCUACCACACCGGUCCCAACUAGCGCGAGCGGUCCACCACCUCCACCGGUCGAGUCGAAGCCGUCUGCUGCUGCUGCGAAAGCCCCUUCCGAAGCCACCAAGGCGCAGACGCAAGCACCGCCACCUGCUACGUCAAAGGCGGCAAUGAGGACGAGCAACAGAGUAGCUGUUCCCCUUGCAAGUCCUGCUGCGGUCAAGCAGCAUCCACGAGCACCGCCCCCAGCGGGCCCAGUUCCAGCCCCUGCGCCGGCCAAACAGCCAUCACAGACGCAAUCGCAACCACCUGCAACAGCUACAGAAGCUGCAACCGCCGCUGUUGCGGCCGCUAUGGCCAAACUCGGCGCAGUCAACCAGCACGCUGGGGCAGUGGAUAACCUGUCGCAAAAGGUGAAUCAGAUGAGAGUGCAAGAUGGACAAGCAAGAGGACGAGGCUCCAGCCGUGGUCGAGGCGCGACACGGGGAGGAAGACGCGAGAGUCAGCCUAAGACAGUGGACGUGCCCAAGGAGGACUUCGACUUUGAGAGCGCCAAUGCGAAGUUCAACAAGCAAGAGCUUGUGAAGGAAGCGAUUGCCUCCGGCGAACCCAUCGUCAGCCCAACGAACGGCGAUGCAACUGACCCGCUUGCGUCCGCUACAAAUGGACAUCAGGACGACGAUGUCAUCAUCCCAGCAAAGGAGAAGGGGUACGACAAGAAGUCGUCGUUCUUCGACAACAUUAGUAGCGAUCUCAAAGAUCGAGCUACUUUACAGCAGACCGGCGAAUUUGUCGACGGGCGUGCAAUGCGUCGCGAAGAACGCUCAAAGAAUAUGGACACUUUUGGACAGGGAUCCAUCGAUGGCGGCUUCAGAGGUCGCGGCCGUGGACGAGGCCGUGGCUUUGGCGGUCGAGGCCGUGGUAGGGGUGGCUUCGAUGCAGGUCGCGGAGGAUAUGAAAACUCCAACGGAUUCCGGGGUCGAGGGCGAGGUGGAUACGAGGCAGCGGCAGUCUAGGAUGAUUUACCACCUACACAUCCGUCCUUGACUAGAUUCAGCCGCCUUCCUGAGAAGAAACACACGCCAGAUGCGUGAGAUAUGUGAUUUGUACUAUAGCGUCCGGAACAGGCAUCGAAAAAAGCUGCCUGCCUGCCUGUCUGUUUAUAUUGGGAGGGCAUGAGAACAUCAUCGUCGAGGACCUACUAUCAAACUUAGGUAAAAGUCAUCAUGCCAUCAUGCUCCUAGUAUGAG